AUGGGAAACCGAUCUCGUAGUUCCGAAAGGUAUAGGAAAAGAAAUCGUAGUCGCAGCAGGUCCCGUGAUUCCAUCAGGAAAGAUUCUCACAGGGACCGCAGGUCGGAUUCCCACUCCGAGAAAAGGCAUCACGACAAAUAUAGGGACCACAGGUGCAGUUUUCACCCUUCUAAUCUUAAUGUACUUAGGGAUCGCUCUGACAACAAAAAAAGGGAAUCAGAUCACCAUUCAAGAAAACACUCAGGCCAUUCCGACGAUUUAAACAGGGAUUAUCACAGACACGGAAGGGACAGAUACGAUAAAUACAGAAGCUCCGACAAAUAUUCGGAAACUCACCGUGAUGGUCGCCGUGACAGGGAGUCGACCAGCAGGUCCGUCAGGGGACCCAGAGGCCACAGGUCUCCCAGCUACUCUAAAGGCCCAAACUCAGGCUACAAACGAGGCGGCAGGAGAGGAGACAGUCGGAGCCCUGACUACGGACGCCCGGCCAAACGUGAAAGAAGAAGCCUGAGCGUCAGCCUUGGCCACUCCGACGGAGAGCACGAAGUUGCCGAGGAGCUCAAGGACGAGGAGGAGCUCCUGAGGAGCAUGAUGGGCAUCUCAUCCUUCGAAACCACGAAGAACAAGAAGCACGAGGAGACGAGCGUUUCCGGCGUGAAGAAGAAGUCCAAGAGGAAGUAUCGCCAGUACAUGAACCGUCGGGGCGGCUUCAACCACCCACUAUCGCCAGUAUUUUAA